ACUUCUCUUUGGGGAGCGCCACUCCCAUGGCGGCGGAGCUUCUCGAGUUUCCUCCACUCCACGUCUGACAAAAGCUGCUUUUCCCAUUUUAGUCCUGUUUGUGAGACUUCCCACUUCAGGAAUGCCGUGUGGAGCCAGUCUGAGGAAGCAACCGUAACCCACACCGAACGGACAGGUCCCACUCAUGAAUUCCCAUCUUCCCGCCUCCUCGUCGUUACCCGUCUGGCUAAUGCUGCAUUUUCUUCCCACCGUCUUCCUGCUGCUGUCCUCAGGAGUCCACGGCCAAGGUCGCCUUAAGCUGACGGUUCUGUCAGAGGACAGGCUGCAGAUGAAAUGGAAGGAGGCCGACGGACCCGUUCAGGGCUACAAAGUCCGAGUCAGAACCAUUUCAGAGGAGCCACAGCCAGAGCUGAUGCUGACGACAACCCGAGGCCGAGCAACAGUGGCGGGAUUGGACUCCGGUCAGGAAUAUUCCCUCCAGGUCUUUGUGCUCAAUGGGACGACGGAGAAACUUCUGGCAAAAAGACGAUUCACCAUGGACAGUCUUCAGGAGGAGGAGAUGAUCCGCAGCGGCAGCCGGGAGAACAGGAAGAAGAUGUUGCCAGGCGGGUCAGGAUCAGGAGAUCUGGAUGAUGUGACAGAGGUUCUGUUGGGUCUGCCAACAGUUCGGUUCCCAGAGCCCACAACAACAACAACAACAACAGCCGCUGCUGUCACAACUACAGGUAGGGAGCCUCCAGCAGCAGAAACCCUUUCUGAGCUCCCCGAUGAUGCCCCAGAGAAAAUCUCCAAAGAGAAAAGGAAGAGGAAGAAGGAAAAAGAGCGACACCGCUCCACUGUGGAGAACAAGGAGGAACCGGGGAUGAAACAGGCGACGCCUCCCAGAAAACCGUACGAGUGUGACAGCGAUGCAGCGGCAGACAUCAUGUUGUUGGUGGACGGCUCCUGGAGCAUUGGGCGCUCCAACUUCAGGCGGGUCAGAGACUUCCUGGAGGGCCUGGUGACACCAUUCCACAUUGGACCGCUCUACAUUCAGAUCGGUUUGACCCAGUACAGUGGAGACCCCCGCACAGAGUGGCACCUGAACAACUUCACCACUAAAGACCAGCUGUUGGAGGCAGUGAGGAAUUUUCGAUAUAAAGGAGGAAACACGUUUACAGGACAGGCGCUGCUCCACGUCAUGGAGGAAAGCAUGAGGCCUGAGGCAGGCACCAGAGAUGACGCGCCAUUUUUCUUGGUCUUGUUGACUGACGGGAAGUCUCAGGAUGAUGCGAUCGCUGCGGCGAACCGGCUGAAGAGCGCAGGCGUUGAAAUCAUUGCUGUAGGUGUGAAGAAUGCAGAUGAAGCUGAGCUGAGACAGGUGGCGUCUGAGCCGGUGGAUCUAAACGUCUACAACGUGAACGACUUCCCCCUGCUCAGCAAACUGGUGGCACGACUGGUUCACAUCCUGUGUGGAAGGAUAAAAGACCGUGGCAUCACAAAACGGAUGGAUCCUGGGCCUACAGAAGACCCAGCUGUCUCCUACCCGAGUCCUACUGAUCUCCGGUUUUCUGAGCUGGGAUCCAGGCAGGUUAAGCUGCACUGGACCAAUCCUGCAAAACCAGUCCAGCAGUACAGAGUGGUGUACCACAGUGCUGAGAGUCAAAGUCCGAAGGAGGUCGUGUUGUCUGGCUCUGACUCCACGGUGCUGCUCGAUGGCCUCUCCUCUCAGACGCUCUACCACGUCUCCAUCUUCCCAGUGUUUGCAGAAAGCGUCGGUCUGGCUCUCAGAGGAACCGUUGCUACAUUGCCAUUGGCCACGCCGGCCAAUCUGGAGGUGACACCUUCCUCCUACAGCACGCUGCGAGUGAGUUGGGCUCCAGCUCCUGGAGCUACUCAGUACAUGAUCCUGUACUCGGCACUCAGCCACGGGGAGCCCGACGACGCACAGGAGGAGAAAUUCGGUGCUGGUGACACGGUGGUGGAGCUCACAGAGUUGCUGCCAGAGACCGACUACUCCGUCACACUUUAUGCUCUCUAUGACGAAGAUCCCAGUGAUCCGGUCACUUCUGUUGCCAGCACAUUCCCUCUCCCAGAGCCAGUAAAUAUUCAGUUCCCGAUGGUAACUCACAGCAUGGUGAAGGUGAGCUGGGUGCCCGGCGCCGUGGACGUCCCCGGCCACAGAAUCACCUACAGCACAAACCAUGGGAGUGUCAUCAAGCAGGUGGAGGUAACAAAGUUGAACUCGGUUCUGGUGCAGAACCUCUCAUCUCUAUCCAGAUACCUGGUCUCAGUCCAGUCUCAUUACCCACAAGGCCUUUCUGCCUCACUCACCGGCAACAUCACCACACUGAAGGUGCCUUCCCCGUCAGACCUCAGAGUCACCAACUUUUCAGGCAGCGAUGUCACCGUGCGCUGGGAGGCCACCGCCGAUGACGUGGUCACCUACCUCAUCAAAUGGAUCUCUCUCAGUGGAGGAGACCUGAGACAGCUGAAGGUAGACGGCGAUAGUGAAGGGGCGAUUCUGGAGGGGGUGGAGGAGGACAGAGAAUACCAGAUUUCUCUUUCGGCGCUUUAUGGAGACGGAGCUCAGAGUGAAGCUGUAGCUAUUCGCUACAGCACCCUGUCCGGUGGAGGUCCGUCCAGCGUAACGGUUUCUGAGGAAACCGCAGUCAGCAUGGUGGUCAGCUGGACGCCUCCAAACGCUCACGUCCUGCAGUACCUCGUGACCUACACACCGCUAACCGGAGCUGAGACGCAGGACAGAACUGUGUUGGUUCCAGGUGGUAAUAAGCAGGUGGUGUUGGAGUCGUUACAGCCCGAUACACGUUACAGCGUCCUGGUCACUGCUGAGUAUCGCAGCAGGGAGGGAGGCAGCGGUUCAGCUCAAGGCAAAACCGCCAGUCUGCGUGUGAGCAGUGUGAGUGUGGUCAGGUCAGACCACUCCAGUAUAUGUCUGUCAUGGAGACCGGUGUCUGCAGUGGACGGCUAUCGGAUUGUUAUCCAGUCUGUUAAAGACAAGCGAACCAAGCAGGAAGUUGCAGACGAGUCCAGCAGCAGUUUCUGCUUCACCGACCUGGAGCCGGAGACUCUGUAUCGCAUCAGCGUGCAGUCGCUGCUCGGCUCGGCUGAAGGUGCUGCCGUCUCCAUCCUCCAUCCAACAGCCUCGGCUCCAGUCAGAACUUCUGUCCAUCCUCGGAUGUACCCGAUCCACAAUGAGGUUUGUCCGGAGGUGACCAUCCGAAACAGCAUCGUUAAAGGGUUCGACAUGAUGGAGGCGUUCGGUCUGACUCAGAGAGCUCACUCGUCGGUGGAGGGUGUGGCCGCUGAGCCGUUCGUCUUCAACUCUCUGCCUACAUACACUCUGUACAGAGACGCCCAGCUGACCCAAAGCACCAAGUUCAUCCACCCCGCAGGUUUCUCUCCGGAACACACCAUCAGCAUCGCCUUCCGCCUGCUGCAGGAUACGCCCAGGGAGCCCUUCGCUCUCUGGCAGCUCACCGACAACGACUUCCAGCCAAAGAUGGGAGUGGUGAUUGACCCUUCCACCAAACAUCUGCUGUACUUCAGUCUGGACUACAGAGGGGAGGUUCAGGAGCUGACGUUUGAUCAGCCGCAGGUCCACAAGCUGUUCUACGGCAGCUUUCACAAGGUCCACCUGUGUGUGAGCCAGGUGAGCGUGUCCCUGUCGGUGGACUGUCAGCAUGUCGGGGAACGGCCGGCUCGUCCUCUCGGCAACACGCCGACCGACGGCUUUGAGAUGCUGGGGAAGCUGGUGAAGACCCGAGGACCCAACAGUGGAUCCGCUCCGUACCAGCUGCAGUCCUUUGAGAUUGUGUGCAACACCACGUGGGCUUCAGAAGAUACCUGCUGCGACCUUCCAGGAGUGAGAGACGAGGAGAGCUGUCCCGCUCCUGCUUACACGUGUGCCUGUUCUUCAGAUAUUCCAGGAGCUCCUGGGCCCACCGGACCAAUUGGGAGGCCAGGUCCUCGUGGAGAGAAGGGCGAGAAGGGAGAGACGGGACAAAAGGGAGAGGUGGGCCCCCCAGGGAAGUCUGGGUUUGAGGGGGGUCUUGGAGCCGUAGGGAGCGUAGGACCUCGAGGGAUAACAGUUCAGGGCAAAGUGGGUCCACCUGGAGCCAGAGGAGAAAGAGGAGAUCCAGGGCGACCGGGGGUACAAGGGUUACCAGGACCUCAAGGUCAGAAGGGGGAGGAGGGGAUCCCAGGACCUCAGGGUAUCAGAGGUGUGGAGGGCAACAUCGGGUCCCCCGGUACCUCCGGACCCAGGGGUUUCCAAGGAAUUCCAGGACACCCAGGGCCGAUGGGAGAAAGGGGCCCCUCGGGGCUUGCUGGACCUACGGGUCUACCGGGGAACAAAGGGGAUCGGGGUGAAAAGGGGGAACCUCAGUCGGUGGCCAUGAUCUAUCAGCUGGUCACGCAGGCCUGUGAGCAGAUGAUACACAAGGAAGUGUUGAAGCUUGACAUGUAUAUUAAUAAGAUCAGUCGUAAACCAGUUCCUAUUGAGGAGCCGGUGGGGCAGCCGGGGGAACCUGGUAUACCAGGACCCAGGGGCCCCCCGGGUGCCAGAGGUAACCAGGGGAACGUCGGCUCUAGAGGGAGAUCUGGGAGGCCAGGGUACCCAGGAGAGCAGGGACGGAGGGGUACUCUGGGAGAGAAAGGUGAUCCUGGGAACAAUGUCCAGGGACCAUCGGGGAUCAAAGGAUUUGCAGGUCUCCCAGGGGAAUCCAAGUUGGGUGUCCCGGGGUCUAAAGGAGAUGACGGAAAUCCAGGACCUCCAGGAAUCCCGGGAUUUUCGGGCCAAACUGGCGAGAUUGGACCGCCGGGGGUGUGUGACAGCAGUGGUGGAUGUCAAAGCGUUCCUCAGUAAACAGGUUAGCUGCUGAAAGCAGCCUUUAAUGACACACGGCCAGGAAGAAUGAGGUCUUGAGUGAAAUCCCAGUAAGACAGGACCUAAUGGAUGUAAAAAAUAAUGUUGGAGUGCCAGUCAUGUCAGGAUUUGACUGAGAAUAUUACACUGGUCAUGUUGUGUCAUUCAUGCUAGAUCUGAAGCUGUUCUGUGGUUCUUUCAAACCAGAGCAGCAAGUGAUGAUGCUUCUCUGUAAGGCUCUUAAGCGUCUCUGUUAGAAACCACUGAUGAAGGUCGGUCACUUUUUGCCUUAUUGUGUAAAACAUCACAAACACAGUCAGUUGUUUUAGCCCUAAAUUCACAGAUGAUCUUCAGCUGACAAAGAAAGAAUCUACUUUUUGGUGUUUUGGGGCUUUUUCUGAUGCCAGGUUUUGGUUUAUGAGCUUGAAAGUCAUUUUUCUCCUUUUUACCUGAACAGUAUGGAAGAGGAAAAAAAGAGGGAGCGAGAAUUACGACUUAUUUCUCAUAACGGACUUUUCUAAGAGUUCUGACAAUUAAGUGACGUUUAAUUUGACCAAUCAUUAAUCAAAAAUUAAAUAAAGAUGUUUGAUUUAAAUAGUUUAAAAGAUGUAAGUCAAACCAAGUGUCUUUCAUCUCACAAUUAUGUCUUUUUAUUAAUCAAAUUCAGAUUUUAGAGAAAAAAGUCAGAAUGCUAAGACUUUUUUUCUUUUCAGUGACUCUAAUCCUCUCCCAUAUGGAGAGUCUUGAGUUCUAGUAUUGGUAAAUGUUUUCAUGCAUGCACGCACGCGUGUGUGUACUGUUCUUAUCCAGAAGAUCCACAUUAUGGCCACCAGCCCUGGAGAAAACAAGCAGGCAGCAGUGACACCAUGAGACACUGGUGGUCCUUUAGAGCAGAACUAAACAGAGAUUACAUCUGCAAAAGUGACCACUGGAGACCUUCAUCAUCUUGAACUAACCCUUGGAUGAUGCAGAAACUUUACCUUAAAAACUGUUCAACCAUAAGGGGAAUCUUGGUUUGUGUCCUUUUUGUUUUAAAACUCCAAAGACAGGAUUUUAAGUCCAGAAAUGUUUUUGUAUUAAGUACAGCUUUUGGUAUUGAUCAAAACAAAAAUGCUGUUCCCAGAGGGAUCAGUAAAGUACCUUAUUGUUUAACAAUCUAGCACUGAAAUCGUGUAUGUAUACUUUGUUAUGUUUAUGCACUGUAUUAAGGAAAAAGUCAAGCCUUUUGUGUCUUUUAUGAAUUUUAUUUGCAUUUUAACCUAAACUGCCUCAAAGAUAAAGAAUAAGUGUAUUCCAUGGUGUAAAAUGUUCUUUUUAUUCCAUGGUAUAAAUGAUACUGUGAGAAUUUUGUUUUGUAUAGUUUAUAUUUAUUAUUUUGCAUAUCCAUUUUAUUGUUAUAUACUAUCUACUAUGUAUUCCAAGUAGUUAUUUCUGUUUACAAUUUUGUGGUUUCUUGGUGUUGGCAUAUGUGUUGAGAGUAAAAAUGUCACGUCAUCUCCAGUGUUUUUGUGUAUUUUUAAAUAAAAUGUUUAUGAAUUC